AUGACUUUCCAUCCAGACUUUCUCCCUGAUCUCACGGGCAAAGUGUUCAUAGUCACAGGUGGGAAUUCCGGCAUAGGCUACUACACCGUAGCCCACCUAGCAGAACACGGCGCCCACGUUUACAUGUGCGCCCGGUCCCCAGAAAAGGGCGCAGCAGCCAUCGCCAACAUCAAGAAAAUGUACUCGUCAGCCAAUAUCGACCUCCUCAGAAUGGAUCUCAGGGACCUCACCAGCGUCGUUACAGCCGCCAAGCACUUCCUCACUCUCGAAACCGCCCUACACGGCCUGGUCAACAACGCAGGCAUCAUGGCGACGCCCUUCGAAAUGACCAAAGACGGCCACGAGGCCCAGUGGCAGACCAACUACCUCGCGCACUGGGUGUUGACGGAGCACCUGCUUCCUCUGAUGCUGCGGACCGCCAGGACGCUUCCUCCCGGCAGCGUGCGCAUCGUCAACCUAACUUCAUCGGGCCACUUGGGUGCACCCAAGGGCGGCAUCAAUUUCAAGGACCUGUCACUCAAGUAUAGCGGUCCGUGGGCCCGGUACGGACAGAGCAAGCUCGCCAACAUUCUGCACACCAAAACCCUGCACAAGAAGUACGGCCCCGGUUCUUCCAGUGCGCAGAACGGGCAGGGUGAGAUCUGGGUUUCGUCCGUGCAUCCAGGGCUGGUUGAGACGAACCUUGCCACGUCGCUGGGGGAGUCGGGGUCAAGCAUGAUGAGUCUUUUCUCGGUCGUACGCAUGUUUGGAUUGAUGUGGCCUGCCGAUACGGGGUCGUGGAACAGCCUGUUUUGUGUGGCGAGUCGGGAUAUGACGGCCGAGCAGAGCGGCAUGUAUCUCGAAAUCUUCCGGCGGUUUGGGGAGCCUUGGUGGCAGAGCGGUGCGGCCAAGGACGUUAAGCUUGCAGAGAGGUUGGAGGAGUGGACGAGGGAGGCAAUGAAGAAGGAAGGUUGGGUUCGGUGA